AGCAACACUAGCAUAGCUAUGUGAGCUACACGCUAACAUUACUUUUUAACAUCAUACUAGGUUAGCAACACUUGCACAACUAUGUGAACGACAUGCUAACACUACAUUUGUCACUAAGAGUAAUUCAAGGGAGUGUUGAGUAAAAUGAUGUCAUCAUGUUACGCAGACUCCUCCCCUCACAGUGUGGCCGCCUCCCCCUCUGAGCUGUGCAUGCAUGUUUGCAGAGUGUGCUGGUAAUGAGACACCUCACCUCAUGCUGCUUGGUCACCUACCAGGGAUUCAAACCUCAGGAGAGCCUGAUCAGCACUAUGUUCAGCUGGCAGGACUUCAGGACUCUGUGGACCCAGGACACAACUUGUGGGGGAGGAACUGAGAGGAGAGCGUCGGUCGGGAUGAAUUAUUUGCUGACUCUUCCGCUUGGGGGGGAGGAGCAUGUCGGCUUUAGUCCGCUAUAAAAGUUGCUCAUUGACCAGGUCAGUCCUAGUUCAGGUUCUAGGAUCCUAUAGACGCUUCAGUUUCAGUUGGAGAAGUUUAAGUUCUAGGAGUUUAAGUUGGAGAAGUUUAAUUGUUGAAGUUUAGGUUGUAGAAGUUUAAAUCCCAGGCAUUUAGAUAUUAGAAGUUUUAGUUUUAGGAGUUUAGGUUGGAGAAGUUUAGGUUGUAGAAGUUUAGGUCGUAGAAGUUUAGGUUGUAGAAGUCUAAGUUCCAGGAGUUUAGGUUUUAGAAGAUUAGGUCGUAGAAGUUUAGGUUGUACAAGUUUAGGUUUUAGAAGUUUAGGUUGUAGAAGUUUGGGUUGUAGAAUUUUCAUUUGUAGAAGUUUAAGUUGUAGAAUUUUAGGUCGUAGAAGUCUAAGUUCUAGGAGUUUAGGUUUUAGAAGAUUAAGUCGUAGAAGUUUAGGUUGUACAAGUUUAGGUUGUAGAAGUUUAGGUUGUAGAAGUUUGGGUAGUACAAGUUUAGGUUGUAAAAAUUCAGGUUGUAGAAGUUUAAGUUCUAGGAGAUUAGGUGGUAUUAGUUUAUGUUGUAGACAUUUAAUUUGUAGAAGUUUAGUUUGAAGAAGUAUUGGUUGUAGAAGUUUAAGUUAUAGAAGUUUAGGUUGUAGAAGUUUAAGUUCUAGGAGUUUAAGUUGUGGAAGUUUAAGUCAUAAAAGUUUAGGUUGUGGAAGUUUCGGUUGUAGAAGUCUAAGUUCCAGGAGUUUAAGUUGUAUAAGUUUAGGUUUUAGAAGUUUAAGUCGUAGAAGUUAAAAUUUUAGAGGAUUAAAAUCUAGGAGUUUAGGUUGUAGAAGAUUAGUUUGUAGAAGUUCAGUUCAUAGAAGUUUAAAUCCUCGGAAUUUAGGUUGUAGAAGUCUAAGUUCUAGGGGUUUAGUUUGUAGAAGUUUGGGUUGUAGAAGUUUAAGUUCCAGGAGUUUAAGUUGUAGAAGUUUAGGUUUUAGAAGUUUAAGUCGUAGAAGUUAAAAUUUUAGAGGAUUAAGGUCUAGAAGUUUAGGUUGUAGAAGAUUAGUUUGUAGAAGUUCCGUUCAUAGAAGUUUAAAUCCUCGGAAUUUAGGUUGUAGAAGUCUAAGUUCUAGGGGUUUAGUUUGUAGAAGUUUAGAUCGUAGAAAUUUAGGUUAUAGGAGUUUAAGUCGUAGAAAUUUAAGUUUUAGAGGUUUAAGUUCUAGGUUGUAGAAGUUCAGGUCGUACAAGUUUAAAUCCUAGGAAUUUAGAUUGUAGAAGUUUAACUUGUAGAAGUUGAUGUUGUAAAAGUUCAGGUCAUUGAAGUUUAGGUCGUAGAAGUUCAGGUGGUAGAAGUUUAGGUUGUAGAUGUUAAGGUCGUACAAGUUUAGGUUGUAGGAGUUUAGCUUGUAGAAAUUUAGGUUUUAGAAGUUCAGGUUGUAGAAGUUCAGGUCGUAGAAGUUUAGGUUGUACAAGUUUAAGUUGUAGAAGUUUUGGUCGUAGAAGUUUAGGUUGUAGAAGUUUAGGUUGUAGAAGUUCAGGUUGUAGAAGUUUAGGUUGUAGAAGUUUAGGUUUUAGAAGUUCAGGUCGUAGAAGUUUAGGUUGUAGAAGUUUAGGUUGUAGAAGUUUAGGUUGUAGAAGUUUAGGUUUUAGAAGUUCAGGUUGGAGAAGUUUAGGUUGUAGAAGUUUAGGUUUUAGAAGUUCAGGUUGGAGAAGUUUAGGUUGUAGAAGUUUAGGUUUUAGAAGUUCAGGUUGGAGAAGUUCAGGUUGGAGAAGUUUAGGUUGUAGAAGUUUAGGUUUUAGAAGUUCAGGUCGUAGAAGUUUAGGUCGUAGAAGUUUAGGUUGUAGAAGUUGAAUUUGUAGAAGUUUACGUUGUAGAAGUUUAAGUUGUAGAAGUUUAAGUUGUAGAAGUUCAGGUUGUAGAAGUUCAGGCCGUAGAAGUUUAGGUUGUAGAAGUUUAGGUUGGAGAAGUUUAGGUUGGAGAAGUUCAGGUCGUAGAAGUUUAGGUCGUAGAAGUUUAGGUUGUAGAAGUUGAAGUUGUAGAAGUUUAGGUUGUAGAAGUUUAAGUUGUAGAAGUUUAAGUUGUAGAAGUUCAGGUUGUAGAAGUUCAGGCCGUAGAAGUUUAGGUUGGAGAAGUUUAGGUUGGAGAAGUUCAGGUCGUAGAAGUUUAGGUCGUAGAAGUUUAGGUUGUAGAAGUUUAAGUUGUAGAAGUUUAAGUUGUAGAAGUUUAGGUUGUAGAAGUUUGAUGCAAUGGCGUUACAAGACCUGUGCGGCUUCAAAGGUGGCCAGAAAAGUGGACAUGUGACUUGUGGACUGUUUGGUCCAACCUCUCUCUUCCACUUCUACGUCCCGCCCGGUCUCCACCAAAGACACCUUGGAAAACUUCGACCCUUCCAGACCUCCUGGACCGGCUCAACACCUUGUCGGCGUGUGUCGCCGCCAUUCGCCACGUCUCACGGCACCACCACCCUGGCCUUUACCUUCCAGGGCGGCGUGCUGGCGGCGGCAGACACUCGCUCCAGCUGCAGCGGCCUGGUGGCCAGUCCGGACUCGGACAAGGUGGAGCCCAUCCACAGCCACCUGGUGGCCACCAGCUCGGGCACCUCGGCCGACUGCGGCUUCUGGAAACGCCUUCUGGGGCGGGAACUGCGGCUCUACCAGCUGCGGCACGGGCGCCGCUUGUCCACCUGCAGCGCCGCCAAGCUGCUGUGGCACAUGCUCCUCCCCUUCAAGGGCAGCGAACUGUGCGUGGCCACCACGCUGUGUGGGUGGGACACCGGCCCCGCCCUCUUCUACGUGUGCAGCGACGGCACACGCCUCCAGGGGACGCUCUUCUCCGUGGGCUCCGGGUCGCCCUACGCCUACGCCGUCCUGGACCAGGCGCUGGACUGGCGAAUGACGGAGGAGGAGGCGGCGCUGGUGGCGAAGGAGGCGGUGACGCGGGCGGCGCACAGGGACGCCUACUCUGGGAACGCGGUGGACGUCUACCACGUGUCCGCCCGGGGCUGGAGGCGCAGGACCAGGGAGGACCUAAAAGACCGCCUGUGUCCGGACCCGGCGCUCGAGUGAAGCUGCAGGAAGUCAACCUCCAUUUUUUUGUCACAUCAUUUGGCAACAUUUCUGCUUUUUGUUUGGAUUUUUAUUGCUUGGAAAACAGUUAUGAGA